AUGAAAAAAACUGAUUAUCAUUCAAAUGAAAAUGAUUUUCGUUUUCACCGUCGAAUACAAACAUUAGCUAGCAUGGGUAGUCACAAAUCAAAAAUUGAUCCAACAGUAUUGACUCCAAAACAAAUAGAAGUUCUAACAGCAAAUACAAAUUUAAGUGAGGGUGACUUUCGUUUUCAUCAUCGAAUACAAACAUCAACUAGCAUGGGUGGCAAGAAAUCAAAAGUUGAUCCAACAGGUUUUAUACGUGAUUGUCCAAAUGGUCGACUUGAUAAGAAAAAAUUUCUUGAAGUUUAUGAACAAUUUUGUCCUGGAGGAAAUGCAAAAAACUAUUGCAAAUAUGCAUUUGAUGCAUUUGAUAAGAAUGAUGAUGGAACAAUCGAUUUUAGUGAAUUUCUUUUAAGUUUUGUAGCUACAAAAGGUGGUGAUGUCGAUGAAAGGCUUUCAGCUGCAUUUGAUUUAUACGAUAUUUCGAAUGAUGAACAAGUCGACCAGAAGGAAUUAGUUAAAAUGAUUACAGCUUUGUAUCAACUUCAUGGUAAAGCUAUUGAUGGUGCUCAUGAUAAUCCGAAAACACGUGCUGCUGAAAUUCUUGCUGCACUUGAUAUCAAUAACGACAGAAAACUGAGUAAACAUGAAUUUAUUGCUGGUUUUGUACAUGAUUGUCCAAAUGGUCAAGUUGAUAAGAAAAAAUUUGUUGAAGCUUGUGAACGCUUUGCUCCUGGCAAAAAUGCAGAUAACCUUUGGAAACGUGCAUUGGAUGCAUUUCAAAAGACUAAUCAUGGAACAAUUGUUUUUAAAGAACUUGUUGGAAGCAUUGCAACUACAAAAGAAGUUGAUAUCGAUCAACGACUUUCAGGUCUAUUUGAUAUAUACGAUACUUCGGAAGAUGGACAAAUCGAUCAAAACGAAUUAAUAGGACUGAUUACAGCUCUAUAUAAACUCAGUGGCACAACUGAUCAAAGUAGUAAUAAUAAUCCGAAAACACGCGCUGAUGAAAUUAUUGCUACAUAUGACAUUAAUAACAACAGAAAAUUGAGUAGACAAGAAUUUAUUACAGCGUAUGUUUUGUAA